GGAAACUUUUCUUGCCAUUUAAAGCUCUUGAUUUUGGAGAUAAAAAAUAAACGUGGAUUAAAUAUUAUGAUGACUUGUAGUUGCGCUGCCACCGAAUUCAAUACGCAACACCCAAAUCGUCGAUUUGACCGAGCAGAACCCAACCAUCUGCCGAUAUCUGAACACGCCACUGACCCGCGCGCAAGUGUGCGCAGCAUGCAUGCAAAUGAGCCUGCAUGUGGAUCUCACCAAGAAAGAUUAGGCGACUCCACACCUCUUCCAACACCCACCUAACUAAUCCAACACCACAAACAUACCGGCAAUACAUUGCCAGUCCUAUUCAUGCAUCGUUCAUAUCUAGGAAUUAGUCGCUAAAAGAUGGCACCAUUGUACAUGCCCUAAAGUCUAGGUGCUUGCGGCGGAGCAUAUGGAUAGACAUGUAUUUAAUUAAUACUCCACAGCAAAAAUACGACCCGCAUGGCAAAAAACAGCGCAGAAGUCAAAUGCACGCCUGCUAUAUAUCUAUCGCCUUGCUUACCUUAUGCAUGUCCCGUGCGCGCAAGCGUACUCAUCUUAUCGUCCACGCACAGGAGAAGAGCAGAGCCACGACGUGCAGGGCGCGGCGGCCAUGGACGAGAACUCCCCCACGCCCACCGCCGAGGCGGGCGGCGGGCGGCGCUACCGCGGCGUGCGGCAGCGGCCGUGGGGCAAGUGGGCGGCGGAGAUCCGCGACCCGCACAAGGCGGUCCGCGUCUGGCUCGGCACGUUCGAGACCGCCGAGGCCGCGGCGCGCGCCUACGACGAGGCCGCGCUCGGCUUCCGCGGCAGCCGCGCCAAGCUCAACUUCCCCGAGGACGCGCGCCUGACCACCUCGUCCACCGCCGUCGACACCACCACGGCCGCGAGAGCGGCGCCGGUGGCGGCCUCUCCACCGACGAUUGCUUCGACUGCGGCGUACCCGGCCAGCGCGGUCCCGGAUUACCUGCAGUACCAGAUGCUUCUGCAGGGAGGAAGCCAUGCCGGCGGCCAUGGUGAGUUCCCGUUGUACUACGACGGCGUUGGCGGUGGUGCUGGUGGGGCCAUGAGCAGUUCCUCGGGGUCCUACUCCUUUCCGGCCUCCUCUGUUACCGUGGCCUCUGUGCCGUCCUCUGCCUCCUCUGCUCCGGGCUACGACGAGGCGGCGCAGUGGACCUGGCCGGAGAGUGCGUUGAGCUAUCCGCCGACUACGGCUUCUUGGUCUGGUUCAAGCCACUAUCCACCGUCAACACGUCCUCCUCAAUAGCCCAUAGUACUUGCUGGUCUUUUUUUCUUUCUUUUUCCCAAAAGAAAAGAAUUGCUGUGAUUGGGAGGAUGAUUUUGUUCAAGAUACCUUCGUGCAAGGAUCCAAACAAGGUUGCACGACGGCAACGUUAUGUUUCUUCUUCGUUUGGUAGUGCUGAAUUGCUGAUCUCCCGUGUUAA